CCAGGAUCAGGGACACGUUCGAGAUGGCAUGAAGGAGAUGACCAUCAGCCAAGAGAAGUUCAGCUCGGUUCAGCAGCAGGGGAGGAAGUAGAGACCGCCCUGGAUUCAGACGUGCAUUUUCAACGGGAUCAUGCCGUGUUCGAACGACCAGUACUGGGAUGGCCUUCUGGGCAACUGUGUGCCUUGCAAAAUGGCUUGUCACCCACUCAAGAGCCAGGGAUGUACCGAUGUCUGCAGCUCCUUGGAGUGCAGCAAACAAGAGGGCUCCUACUACGACCAGCUCCUGAGAGAAUGCGUCAAAUGCUUCAGCAUCUGCGGGCAACACCCUAAACAAUGUGCCUCUUUCUGCAGAAAGCCUCUUACCACCUUUUUACCAACCCCAGCUGCUCUCCAGCCUCUGCAGCGUAAACUGGAUGCUACCUAUGACCAACAGGUGCUGCUGUACAUGGCCCUGGGAUUCUGUCUUUGCAUUCUGCUCUUCUCCUUGCUGUUGACUUGGAUUUACUUUCAAAAAAGGGGGGACGAGAAGUUUUGUCGAGCCAGCUCAGCAUCUUGCCAUAAAAAGGGAGAUCCGCCCAAAGAUGGUCUCAUGGAAGCGGGAAGUUUCGGCAGCGACUCCGGGGACAACCAAACUCCAGAGCCGGUGGAAACCUGCGGCUUUUGCUUCCCCGAAGUGGGUCCUGACAUCCAGGAGACGCGAUCGUGCCCCAAGCCGUACCACCUCGAGAUGCUGGCGGAUGUUGCUGCUGCUAUCCCGGGCGGGAUGGUGUCCCCUUCCUCCGAAGACUGCCACUUCCAAAUUAUAUGUUCUCCCUCCCAAGAAAAGAUGCAGAUGAGCUAAGCCAUAAACAGUGGGGGGAGGGGGAGGCAGGAGCACGACAGCCCCCUUCCCCCCCCUUCCCCCCCCCAAAAAGCUGCUUGCAUUGUUGAGGUCUUGAAUUGUAAGGGCCCACACCUUACAAGGAAACUGAGCCGUGGUUUUGUUCUUUUUUCUUUCUUUUUUUUUAAAAAAAUCUUUGCCAGAUUGUGCACUUGUGGGUAUAAAAUUCCCAGUGAAAAUGUCAGGGUUUCAAGCAGUGGUGGGAUUCAACAUUUUUUUACUACCCAUUCUUUGG